AUGAUGGUCCUUGAUGGACUUGUAGUCAAUACUUUAUCUCUUUACUUUGGCCGCCGCAUGUCCUCGUACUCUUUAUACGACAUCCGACAGAAGACCCGAAAGCUCCAGAACGGUACGUUUGGCAAUUCCGUCAGCACACUAACCACAGCCUUUUCCGGCUACUCCAACCUCGAAAUACUGAUCCGGGAGGCCACCAACACGGAUCCCUGGGGCCCCACUUCCAAACAGAAAAAACAGCUUUGCUCGUGGAUCCUCAACUACGCCAAUCCCGAGUAUGUUUCCGACCACAUUGCGGGCUCCCAGACGGUCGAGUCUGGCCAGAGCAUCUCCAAGAAAGCCAUCGAUUUUAUAGUCCACCGGAUCCAGGAGUACUCCGGACUGGGCCGGUCGUCGCAGAGCAUCUUCGACUCGCUCAAGAAGUCGCUUGUCACGCGCGGGUACGAAUUUGUCAUUGUUUCCAAGUGUCUGCAGCUGCUAGAGCACCUUUUGCUGUACUGCUACCAGGAGGAUGACGGUGCCAGGGUUUUCGACAUUGUCGACGAUGUUCGCAUAGACCUCGACCCUGUGGUGCAACUGGAGCACUACCAGGUGACGCUCAGCUACGAUGGGCUGAAUUUGAACCACGAGAAGCAGAUCAAGGAGAUGGCGCGGCACGUGGUGGAGCUGGCCACGGACGAGGCGAAAUUGGCUGCUGAGCGCGAGAAGUUCCAGCCCAGGAGGAAAUCGCGGCAGAACUCGGGCACGCUGUUCUACGACGAGGACCAGUUCGACGUGAGCCGCUCGGAUGCGCUGCGGCUCGAGGAGGACCAGGACCCGUUUGCCAGGUCGCGGAUUUCGACGCUGUCCAGCAACGUUGCGCGGUACCUGCCGGGGUCGCCGGGCCACCGCAAGUCUCGGUCGUCGGGGGGAAUUAGUCUGGCGUCGCAGAACUACACGCAUUCCAGCUACCACGACGAUUUCAACGAAUCUAACGAGAAUAACGAGAAUAACGAUAAUAGCGAGAAUAGCGAUGUUCCGCGCGAAAUGAGACAGGAACACACCCGGGACGAGCACCCGGACGCGAGCCAGAACCUCCUGAUCGACUUAAAUAGCUGA